AUGUUCGGGGAGAUCGUGGCCAGAGCCAUGAGAUCUCCCGGGAUUUCAUGGCGCCUCCUCGUGCUACAGUGCGUCCCCAGGCCCCUCCCCCCCUGUGCCGCUCACCUGCCGCCGCUGGGCCAAGAGUCUGGGGCGCUCCUCCGCCCUCUCCCGCCCUGGACUUCUGCUGAGCCGCCGUCCAGGAGGCGGCUGUUCCUCGGGGAGGUGGAGCUGCGCGGGGCCGCGACGCUCGCGGACCUCGGGGCCGAGGGCGACAGCGAGCUCGCCCUGGUCGUGGCCGCGGCGCUGCGCGUGGUGACCGCUGGCGCCGACGGCGCGGCGAGGAUCUGGUCCGCAGGCUCCGGGGAGUGCCUGCUGACGCUGCAGGGCCAGGCGGGCCUGAGUUCCGCCGCGUUCUCUCCGGACGGGCACCAGGUGGUGACCUCUUCGGCGGAAGGCCUGGCGAAGAUCUGGUCGGCGGGCUCUGGGGAGUGCUUGCUCACGCUGCAGGGCCACCAGGAUUGGGUGCUCGAUGCAGUAUUUUCGCCUCGCGGGCAGCAUGUGGUGACUGCGUGCGCAGACAACACGGCGAAGAUCUGGUCCGCUGGCUCUGGAGAGUGCCUGCUGACACUGGAGGGCCACCGAGAUUGUGUGACCUCCGCCAUGUUCUCAUUAGAUGGGCGUCAGGUGGUGACCUCUUCGCACGACGGCACGGCAAAGAUCUGGUCCGCAGGGUCCGGGGAGUGCUUGUUGACGCUGCAGGACCAUCAGGAUGGCCUGACGUCUGCCGCGUUCUCCCCAGACGGGCACCAGGUGGUGACCUCUUCGCACGGCAACGCGGCAAAGAUCUGGUCCGUUGGCUCUGGGGAGUGCCUGCUGACGCUGCAGUGCGAGGCGAUCUACGCCGCGUUCUCACCAGACGGGCAAGAGGUGCUGACAUCCUCGCCGGACGGCACGGCGAAGAUCUGGUCGGCCGGCUCUGGGGAGUGCCUCGUGACACUGGCGGGCCACCAGAAAAUGGUGAACUCCGGCGUCUUCUCGCCAGACGGGCACGAGGUGCUGACCGCCUCGGACGACGGCACGGCGAAGCUCUGGUCCGCCGGCUCCGGGGAGCGCCUGCGGACGCUGGACGUCCGGUGCGAGGUGAUGUUCGCCUCGUUCUCGCCGCAGUGA